AUGGGGGCCGCGAAAGUACUCGUGGUCGGAAGUGUCCAGGGCCAGCUCAGAAAGGCAUUCGAAAAAAUCUCCAAACUUCAAGCCAAGCAGAACUUUACCCUGGCCUUGGUAGUCGGUGACCUAUUUGGCGCGGAGGGCGACGAGAGCAACUCAGAUGACGUGCAAGCGCUGCUCCAAGGGCACAUCAACGUCCCACUUCCAACUUAUUUCACAAUAGGUGAUUCCAGCUUCCCCGACACUGUCAAGGAAAAGCUCGAGGGUGACAAUGAUCUCUGUCCCAAUCUCUUUUACCUCGGUCGCAAGGGAACCAUGACCACUACGGAAGGGGUGAAGAUUGUCUACCUUGGAGGUCGACUGGUGACGGACGAAGCAUCGCUCACCCACAAACUCGGAAAUUGUGAUCCCUUGUACUUGGAUGCCGAUGCCCGAGGGCUCCAUGGUGCACAUUCCGCUCAUAUCGUGGUCACGAACCAGUGGCCGGCCAAUGUCACCAAUGGAUCAACUGUCCCGCUGCCAGAGGGCGUCGAAAGCAACCAAGGCACCCAAUCGAUCUCAAAUUUGUGUCAAGCGUUGAAACCGUGGUAUCAUUUCUCCAGCAGCACUGCGGGGGUUUGGGAACGGGAACCUUUCAAGCAUCAUGUUGGCUAUGAUUCGCUGGCAGAGCCUGCAGUCACCAGAUUCAAAAGUCUCCCAAGUGUCUCUGCUCCUACGAAAGAGUGGAUGACAGCAUUCGCUUUAGACACUUCACGUCCUCCGCCGACGAUAGAGCCACCCCGUCUAUCACCCUUCAUCCGGUCCUCGCCGCCGAGGAAGAGACAGGCCUUGGAAGAUCAAGAGUCGUACAGGCGAUUUGGGAACGGUGGACAAGAUGGACGUCACUACAAACGUGCGCGCCGGAACCAAAACAAGGACCCUAACGAUUGCUUCAUGUGUCUCAACAAGGCUGGAGCGAAGACGCAUCUAGUGGUUUCACUCGCCGAAGAAAGCAUGGUCACCGCUUCACGAGGGCCGCUACCUUUACCAUCAACCUUUCCUCAACUUUCGUUUUCCGGUCAUGUCAUGAUCAUCCCAUACUACCACGCUGCAGACGAGUUGGCGCAGGGCAAACGAGCAGCCGAGGAUGUGACCAAUGAGUUCAAGGAAAUGAACCGGUUCCGUAAAGCCCUGAGUACAAUGAUCGGUUCCAAGAGUCAGGGUCAACUAGGCGCGGUUUGCUGGGAAGUCAACCGCACAGGCAUCCGGCAUCACCACUGGCAACUGAUGGCAUGUCAGGCUGAACAUGUGAGGAAAGGCUUGGUUGAAGCUGCUUUCAAGGUCGCACGAGAGCGAAACGAGUAUCCUCCCUUCCAACCCUGUGAUCCUGACAGCGAGCUCCCUGAGCGGUCCGACUUCUUUCGGGUGUGGACUUGGGUGUCCGACCUAGUCGAGAUGGCCGAUCACACGAAUGGGAGCAGCGAGACAGAUUUCGGGGUGACCAAGUCGAUGUACUUCCCUCUUCCGAACGAUCAAAAAUUCAAUAUCUGGUUUGGUAGGGAGGUCAUGGCAGGGCUGCUGCAGCUGGAGAAUAGGGUUAAUUGGAUGGAUGCACUCCUACGCAAGGACGGGAGCGAGCAUGUGGCGGAGGAGGAAGACGCGCAAGGCCUGAGGGAAGAUUUCGAAGAGUUUGAUUUUGCCAUGAAAUAG